AGCUCACCGUAAUUUCGCCGGACGGUCCGAGGUGAACCAUUCUUCCCAUUCUUCCCAUUCUUCAGAGCUGUCAUGAUAAGAGAGCGGAAAACAUCGGGGUAAGCUGGAGGCAGCGCCAGGAAUCGUUCGCUUCCAGGUCUUGCCCCCGCAUCCAGCCCUCUCGACGAAAUUUAGGUACCCUGACAGGACUCCCAAUUCGCAACAAAUCAAUGGCAUCCUACCGAUAUGAACCGCUCCAAAGAGCAUUACAGGAGAUCAGGCUUCUUCACCUGCUCCCAGGCAAAUUUGAGGACGACAUCAGAUUCCAAAUCGUCCAUUCGCCAUUUCCCAUUCCUGACAAACCUCCACCAAAGCCAAAGAACUUCCAGGUUGACUCCAUCCGGAACAAGGUCUCUCGUCCUUGGACGAUUGAGGAAACCGAAAGCGGUGAAUUCAUCAUAUUCAACGUUGUCACUGGCGAGACCCAUCCGCUCCCGACCAUUCCACCAUCAAUUGAGGAGAGUUCGGAAUAUCAACCGCGAUACGAGGCUUUGUCCUACACAUGGGGAGAGGCUGAUAUCUCGGAGCUCGCCCAGGUUGAGAAUCACCAAGGCAGUGGCAAGCCCUUCGCUACAUUGGGGCUCCGUCCUAACCUGGCCGCCGCACUCCGCUACAUGCGGUACCCAGACCAAACGCGCGUCUUGUGGAUUGAUGCCAUAUGCAUCAACCAAGAAGAUAUCGAAGAGCGCAAUGAAGAAGUCAAGAGGAUGACAAACAUCUACACUCUAGCCCAGCGGGUCAUGGCUUGGCUUGGUGAGGAAUCCAACGACAGCAAGCAUGCAUUCGCAACAUUACAGCAUAUCGGGCGGCAACUCAAAGCAACGAAGAGCGGCCGAGUCAUUGCUGCACCCGACGCCACGGAACCUCACCUGUGGAGGAACGAUCACCCACCGUUAUUAGAGCAGCGGACCUGGCAAGCGUUGAUCGAUCUCGUGGAGCGCCCUUGGUUUUACAGAAUCUGGUGCUGGCAGGAGAUCAAGCUAGGCGGUCAGAACGCGGUCAUGCAAUGCGGCGCCGAUACGAUCCCCUGGAACAAGUUCUGGCUGGCGGUGCUAUGUCUGCACAAUAAAGAUAGUUUACCUUCUAUGCGCUUUCGUGAGCGAUGCCGGCAUAUCGUCUUCCUUAAGUACGACGGUGCGGGCCACUCGAUGAGCAACAUUCUCGACAUCAGUCGCAGCAAGGGCUGUGCUAAUCCAAGAGAUAAAAUCUACGGACUCCUGGGCAUCACCCCGACAUACUUCAGCUCCGGUAUCAAGGUCGACUACCUACGACCACCGGAGGAAGUGUACAAGGAAGCAUUUCUGACUCACGUGAAGGCUACAAAACGACUGGAGCUGCUGAAACAUUGCGAUCUAGCGAAUCGUCAAAUUGGGGGACCAACGUGGGUGCCCGACUGGUCCAAGACAGAAUUUGCCGCUCCCAUUCUGAGCGAGCAGCUUUCCUCUGGAAUGUCACCGGCAUGCUUUACAUACGUAGAACCAGACGUGCUCGAGGUUGUCGGAAAGGAGUAUACCACGAUUAAGACCGUCAGCGGGAUGGCCUCGAAGGUUGAGGAGGAAACUCUGCUGGCGGUUGCAGAUUGGUUCCAAUACCUUCCAAACAAAGGCACUUACGUGACGGGUGAGACCGUGGAAGCCGCAUUUGCCCUGACACUUUGCAUGAACCGCACGAGAGAACGGCACCCGUACAGCCAUUUCUUGAGCGUCUGGGAGUGGAUCCGCAUGCUCCGCAAGAUGUUAUGCUUGACCGCAAGCUCUCAGGAUGACCCGAUAUACUCCGAAAGAGAGACGACAAACACGAUACAGAAGAUACGCGGCCGUCGGUUUUUCACUACGGAAAGUGGCCACAUUGGCACAGCUCCUGCUGGUGCCCAAGCUGGGGAUUUAGUUUGCCUUAUCUUGGGAACCUACGCUCCCCUGGUUCUGCGUCGCACUCCAUCCGGCGAAUUCCACGUGGUGGGAGAAUGUUACGUGCAUGGCCUCAGUGACGCAGUUGGCAUCCUUGGCCCAUUGCCAGACCACUGGGAGACAAUCAUCAAAGGAGAUGCUUUGGGAAGACCAACGCAACGUUUUGUGCACCUCACUGACCGCGAGGAAACAUUGGACGACCCACGACUGGAACCUCUGUCACGGAACUGGGAGCGAGCGGCGUACGAAAGACUGGCUGAUGACCCAGCCAUUUUUGAGAGGUUCAGGCAUCUCGAAACCGGUGAAUUGGUCAACUAUGAUCCCCGCUUGGCUCCGGAGGCGCUUGAGGCUCGUGGCGUUGAGCUGCGGCCAUUCAGGCUCACCUGAGAGGUAACGAGAAUGUGAACCGAAAGCAGAUGAGUAAAAAUGAACUGGGCUCGUGAAUGAUUUUCCUUGACCUCCCCCGGCUCUGCCUCCCGGAGCCCCAGACGCCGACGCCUACAGUGCAACGGCAAGUAUUCAAACGGCAGGCAUUAGAACAGGUAUUCCUACACUGACCUCUCCACUGCUGUUGGAAUUUUGGGGGAUCUCUCCUAAUCUUGUUCCAUGAAGGUGGCAAGUACGUAGGGAGAAGUCGAAUUGAAUGUUCAUGUUCC